CGAUCCCCUCUUAUUCCCACAGCGAGAGAGUAUUCGGAGAGAGGUUUAGAUAUUUCUUUGUGAGGCGACGAUGGCGGAGCACGAGGAGUCGGUGGCGGAGUCUCUGCUGGAGAAGAUCACUGAGAAGUUCCACGGCGGGGACUCUUCAUCGUCAGAUUCGGACGGCGAGAAAUCAUCUGUGGUGGACUCCUCGGCGCCGUCCGCCGCCGAGGUUGUCAAGGCCAAGAUUUACCGCCUCUUCGGGCGCGAGAAGCCCGUCCACAAGGUCUUGGGCGGUGGGAAACCUGCUGAUGUUUUCCUAUGGAGGAAUAAGAAGGUAUCGGCUGCCACGCUCGGUGGAGCGACGGCCAUCUGGGUCUUGUUUGAGUUGAUGGAGUACCACUUGCUGACCUUUGUUUGCCAUAGUCUCAUCCUGUCCCUAGCCAUCAUGUUCCUCUGGUCAAACGCAUCAACUUUCAUCAACAAGUCCCCUCCACGCAUUCCAGAGGUAAGCAUUCCGGAAGAUAUGGCUGUGAACAUUGCACUUUCGCUUCGAUAUGAGAUCAACUGGGCUUUUGCUGCUCUGAGGGACAUCGCAUUAGGGCGUGAUCUUAAGAAAUUCCUUUCUGUCAUUGCUGGCCUGUGGGUUUUCUCAAUCAUCGGCAAUUUCUGCAAUUUCUUGACCUUAUUUUAUAUAGCGUUUGUCACACUGCAUACGGUGCCGCCACUGUAUGAGAAGUAUGAGGACAAGGUUGAUGCUUUUGCUGAGAAAGCACAAACUGAGUUCAAGAAGCAUUAUUCCGUGAUUCAUGCAAAAUACUUGAGCAAGAUUCCAAAGGGGCCAUUGAAGGAUAAGAAGUUCCAAUAGAGUUGAAGGAUCUGUGUGGUUGCAGUUUGAUUUUGGCAGUUAAUUGGCUAGUGAUGGUUUUCGAUCGGUGUAAUGACUGUUUAUCCAUAUUUGCUUAGAACUCUCCUUUUGAGUUCCUAAUUAGAGGCAUGGACAUUAUCAGUAUGGGUUAAUAUAAGUGAUUCUGAGUUUUAUGAUGUGGAUCGGAGUUAUUAUUGUACCAAGUAAGACAAUUUAGUUUUAUUUUAAUGGUGAUUUGUUUUAGAAAA